UGUGUUGUAUUAUUGUAUCACGAUGUCGUGAUACGAUGAUACUACCUAGGUUUUAGCAUGGUUUUACAAGGUGAAAUUUUGUACCGGCACCCAAGCCGAAAGGUUCUGAAAAUUUAUUUGUUCCUAAAGUAAGUAAAUCAAGAUAGACAUGAUCCUAGUUCAACACCACCAAUGUCGCAACAUUUUCCCAUAAAUCAUUCUAAGCCCAACUUUCCAUAUACCGAAAGUUUACUCAAUUUGAGUUCUUUAGAAGAUUAUUCGGGUCUAAGAGAACAAAUUUUAUGCUUUCAUCAUCUUGAUAGUUUGAAUGAUGAAUGUAUUUUACAUAUUCUUCUGAAUAUGAAAAUACGUCAUGUUCAUUGUAAAACAUUAAUAUAAGUUAUGUUAUGAAUUUCUUUUGUUGUUGGGCCAACCUUAGCAAAAUUCCUGGCUACGCCACUAGUUUAUUAUGUGAAAAAUUCAGGCCAUACAAAUAUAUUAACCCUUAUAAUAAAAAGAAAAAUGAUAGUUGAAGAUUACAAGGUUGUCAACCUGCAGGUUGACCCGGACCCGGUCGAGCUAGUGGGUCGGGGGUUAAGGGGUCACCCGAUUUAGCCCGAAAAUAUGAAAAGAGUCAUUAUAUUGUACUUAUCCUGAUAAAUUAUAUCAAAUCUCAUCUAACAUGUGAGUAACAUAUAAUAUUACACCAAAAUAACAUGUCGUACUUAGAUCCAAUAUAUAGCGAAAAUUUAGACGCACUUAUAUAACAUCAAUAUUCAAAUAUUCAACUUAGGAUUCCAAAAAUUGAAUUAGGCGAAAAGAAAAAUCGGAAAAUAAGCGCAUUUCACAAAUCAAAGAAAAAUAUGACACAAUUUGACCUCCAACCCGGUACCUUGUAGCGGUCGACCCAACGAAUGCGUAAGGCUCGCUUUUCUCACCGGGCCAGGAUCAAAACGGGUCAACCCGUGGGUCGACCCGCGGGUUGACAAUCGUUGGAAGAUUGUGAGAAUAUUCUACCAGAAAAAAAAAAAGAGAUUUUGAGAAUAUAAUAUUAAUAUAUAUCGACGGUCCAGAAACCCGUGUGUUUAAAAAAAAAAAGGUCGUACUGGUGCGCGAAAUGUCCAUUUCAGUUAGUGCUUUUAUCUGUUCUUCACCAGUGAGGGAGUUGGUUAGUUAAGAAAACAGGCUAAAUGAUCGGGAAGCCUUCCGUCAUCAGAUUUCGACUCUCCAACCCCAAAUCCACAACAGAACCAAACCCUAACAAGCAGCUCUUUCCUCCUCAUAUUACCAUAAUGAAAAGUUCGAUCCAAACAAGGAAAUUGGGGGAUUCAGUAGCUACAAAGAAAAGGGAGCAAAUACCAUCAGUUGCUCUGCCUAAAAGUAAGAUCUUCCCCACUCAAAUUUAGCUUCUUCCUUCCACCUACAUUCUCCUCUUUUUUUUUUUUUUUUUGGAUUUGGUUCGUUUCUCUCCAUCCCUCUCUCUCUUUUCUCCUCCUCUUUUUUUUCCUUUGUUCUAUAUUUCUUAUCUGAUUCACAUUGUUUGGGUUUAGAUCAUUCAAAGGGGGGAACGAGCAGCCGGUGAUGCUGCCGCCGCCGGCGAUCUGAUUCAAGCGGCUGUCCCGGAUCGGAUUUGCUCCCCUCCAUGGCGGAAGGUACAUAAUAAGCUUCCCCUUUUCCUUUCUCUUAGCCUUUCCAUGUACAAAGUUCUUAACCCUUUGGCCGCUAUUGAUCAAAACUUUUAUAUAUGUUAUCUUUUCUCCGUUCCUGUUCUAUCUGAAAAUUUUGAUUGGUAAUCUCAUUCUCACGCUCCUCUAUUGAUAACAUAUCCAUUAUAUGUUUGACGAAAUGCCGCAAUGAGUCUGGGUUAUGCGUAUUGCCAGCGUUCUAUGUGCAUUGAGAAUACAUGUUUUCUGCAUAACAUAACAAGAUUCUCAUUAGCGGAGCCAAAUUGUAAUUUGUGGGUCCACAGAUCCCACUUAGAAAGGACAUUUAGAAAAACUGUAUGCGCAAAUAGUUAAAUAAUUUUUUCAUUUUGGACAUUGGACAUUAUGAAUUCUUUUCCGAUUUUCUGAAUUUGAUGAAAUCUGCAACUUAUUUUAAUCAUUCAUGUGCAAUUGAACUUUGAUUCAAAUGAUAGCAAACUACAUAUGUUUGAAAAGAGGUAAACAGAGAUUAGAAUAAUCAUUAUAUAUUAGUAAAAAAAAACUUUCAUUUUUUUGACCCCACUUCGAUGAAUUUCUGACUAGCCCAAUGAAGAUUCUCCUAGUUUUGUGAAUGAUUAGCACAUAAUUUCUGAAUUUCACGUCCUUCGUAUGAAAGGAGCUGAACAGUUUACUAUUGUUAUUUUUCUCAACAUUGUAUUUUUUUUUUCUUACAGUUAUGGGUGUGGGGAAUGACAAGGGAAGCAAUACCAGAGAUACACAGUCGAAUCCUGUUCUUGAUGAUGAGGAUGAACUACAACAACAACAACUUGGCAGCCCCAAGACAUAUCCAAAGCUUCGAAUUCAGACUGAAAGUAGUGGUAGCUCUUUGGAGCUGCGUCCUGAGAUAUCAUCUAAUGCGGAAGAUGGAAGCAGUAAACAUUCCAGCCUUGAUCACUUUGAUAUGGAUCCUGAGAUAAUCAGGAAAGCGAUCAGCAAUAAGCAUUCGGGACCAGUCCAUCUCGAGGUAACAACUGACCACGAGAGUUGCAGCGAUAAUGGUUCGUUUAAGAUAGAUUCAGGUGUCAUCGCUGGGAAUUCUAGCAGCGGCCACUUGGAAUCAUCAUCGAUGGACUGUCCUGCCGCUGGAAGUCGUGUCGAUGAAGUUGGUGAUGACCAAGGCAAUAACAAUCCCAUCAGGCUUCCAAUUAUCAAAAUGGCUUCAUCCUCAUCAUCAUCAUCAUCUUCUUCUUCCUCUUCCUUAGUUCCACCACAGGAAAAUGAUAAGCGUAUUGACGAAUUGGACCAUCGAAGUCAUCACAAUGAAGAUCAACUAGCAAUAGAAAGUGGAGUUUCUGAACAGAACACCAACGCAGGGGAACAAGAGAGCAGUUCUCUUACUCCCGAGAUCGACAGUGAACAUACGACACUAGCGAUUUUGCCUACCCAAUCCCCUCCUGUUCAAGUAAUGCAGAGAUCGGAAGGGUACGACCCACAUCGAAUACCACAGUCUAUAUUUCAGAGAAGCUCAUCCGAUGCUCAGAACGAUUGGAGCAUUGCCUCCAACGAAUCGUUGUUUAGCAUUCACGUAGGGACUAGUACUAGUUUCUCUAGAGAACAAGCACUGCUUAUCAGUGAGGCCCGCAAGUUGGAAGAAAAUUCCAAGUCGAAUGAAGUGUUCUCAUUCACACCUAACCAUCCCGACGAUGAGGAUUCUCCGAAUAGCCCCACUGCUUUCCCAAUUGCGGAGCUAGUUAAAGCAGAUGUAGUAGCAGCAGCAACAGGAUCAGGUGAUUCUCAUUCAGUUGUAGAAUCUCAAAAUAAGCAUAUUCAAGCCAAGAAAGAGAUUAAAAUUACUCAUGCGGCCGAGAAUGCCAAAAGGGCAGCAGAGGAACAACGUAGUGAUCAGAAGAAAGUGCCCACCGUGUCGUGGAGGUCAACCAGUGUUUCCAACUUCUCGGACCGGAGCCAGAACAGCACCCGGUCUUUUGCUUUUCCAAUUUUGAGCGAUGAGGCAAGAUUAGAGUCAGCUAAGAAGGCACAGAACAGUGAGCAUACCCAAGAACCAGCACAACAGAAGAAGGUGAAACGGCGUUGGUACAACUUUUUGUGCUGCUCGUGGAAGAAGUGUCGUUGUAGUUGCUCUUGUUUGAGUUGUGUUCGUUGUUCGCGAUGCUGGCAUUGUUGACAAUGAUCGAGGAUCGAGUACUCCCCAAAAAAAGACCAGCAGAGGAAGAAGGCUUGUCAUGGCUGCGGCGGUAGCCCCCUUUGUCUUGCCAAACGGGUGUUGUUUAGUGUUUACAGAAACAUGAUAAUUGUGAGAUGUUUAGCAAAACCAUAUUAGAAUCUCAGAAUGGUUCGUCAGCUAGCUUUCACCCAUUUUUGUCAGCAAUGGGUUGGUAACGAGGCUGCUGUUGAAGUCCCAAAAUUUUGAGGUUGCAUUGCACCCAUCACCUAUGCAUAUAUGAAUCCAGGCAAACAGGGGUAUGGCGAUAGAGGGAUCUCUAGCUUCAUCAAAUGUCUUGAUUUUUCUCUAACAUGCAGUAGUUAAAGAAAAAUUCCUACAAUAAAAAUUCCAAAAAACACAAGUUUGGAUUAGAUCGGCGCCCAUGUCAUGUCAGCGAUUGAUGAACAUGAUCACGGAUAGAAAAGCAGUCAACCACUUCAUUACUCAAAUCUUAGCGUUUUGCAGUUAAAUAUUGAACUUCAUAGCGAUGAACGUUGUUCGCAUUCGUGCAGAUGAGACAAUGUGGAUCACUCCAAUGAACGACGCUUGGCGGUUGAUCACUUGGCUUAGAGUUAGAGGAGAUCCAAUAUAGAGGAUUCUGAAUGGCUCGUUCAUAUGGUAAGUUGCGUCUAUGACUAUGAUCGAUGACCCACACCAUAAAAGUUUUCUUUGAAUUUGUGAUACGACCUUCCUCCUCUCAAAGCUCUUGACGGAUCUUUGCCCGACCUCUGUCAAAAAUGGAUGAAGAUGCUUUAAUGGUACCUACUCAUUUGUCCUAUUAUAACCUCGCACUGCAGGCUGAAAUAAGCUAGUAAAUAAAUGGUUAAUGUAUUAUGUUAUGUUUAGAGUAGGGGAUCCGAUCCGAGCUUUACCAUAGUUCAUGCUCGACUCGUUAAAAUAUUUUCAAACUCGAGCUUGGCUCGCCAAUAAGGUUAACGAGUUCAAUAUCGAGUCCAGCUUAUAAAAUGUUCGUGAUUGCUCAAGAUUGAGCUAGAACUGAGUACAAUAUUACAUUCAAACCUGUAGCAAAGUCUAGCAAACUAAAACACAAUAUUUAUCCCAAUUUCAAUAUAUAAAGUCCAUGAAUUCCAAUUCGUUCUUAUGUCAAGCCAUUAAAUGAGCUUGUUCUUUCGAGCUGAACAUGAUAUGACUCGAGUUCGGCUCGUUUAGUUAACAAGUUUGUUCACAAGCCAGCUCGAUUAAGAUGAAUCGAGUAUCUAACGAGUUUUUGUCGUAUCGAAUACCGAGUCGUUAAUGAGCCACUUGGUUCAUUAACAACCCUGGUUCAGAGUACAUAAUAUAGAUCCAUGGAUCAAAGUCAUGGAAUCCAAGCACCAAGAAUGAACCAUCAAGAGUAGGCCAAUCUAUCUAUCUAUCUUCUAUCUAUCUAAUAUAUGGAGAUUCUGCGGAGAGAGUGAAUUAAAAUAAAUAUUGGGAGCCUGACCGCAACUCACGGAAGGACAUAUGUGUCUUUUCCAUUAUAUAUUAUCUCAUCGAGUGAGUUUAUAGAGUUGCAUAAUUAUGUAUUUGGUUGGCCAUCCAUUUAUUAGCUUCAUUCCAAAGACUAUCCGAUCAACGCUAGAUUAAUUUCUCUUUCUUUUUUUAGGUAACGAUAAAAAAUAUAUGAGAUCAUACUACCUUAGAUUUAGGUUUGUGAUGUAUAGUUUUCUUUUACUAUAGCGGCAAAUCGACAACUCCCUUUGCUUUAUUUUUUUUAUAAAUUCGCUUGGUUUUUAUAAAUAUUAGUGAGAGAGUUAUAUUAUUACCACUGCCACAAUUCUCAAGAGCUAUAUAUAAGAGAUUUUCAAUUUCUCGCAAAUUUAGCGAACUAUAUCUCAUUCAUUUUCACUAUAAGUUUAAAUGGGUAAGAAAAACCAUAUUAAUUGAAACUUUUCAAAGAAAAGUCAAAGAAAACUAUGACAGAAUAUAUUUAUAAGAAUUUACAACAACAUCAAUGACAAUAGCAGUUAGGUAACAAUCUACCUCUACUUUUUUUUGUUUUUAACUUCAAGUCCCAAAAUUUUGAGGUUGCAUUGCACCCAUCACCUAUGCAUAUAUGAAUCCAGGCAAACAGGGGUAUGGCGAUAGAGGGAUCUCUAGCUUCAUCAAAUGUCUUGAUUUUUCUCUAACAUGCAGUAGUUAAAGAAAAAUUCCUACAAUAAAAAUUCCAAAAAACACAAGUUUGGAUUAGAUCGGCGCCCAUGUCAUGUCAGCGAUUGAUGAACAUGAUCACGGAUAGAAAAGCAGUCAACCACUUCAUUACUCAAAUCUUAGCGUUUUGCAGUUAAAUAUUGAACUUCAUAGCGAUGAACGUUGUUCGCAUUCGUGCAGAUGAGACAAUGUGGAUCACUCCAAUGAACGACGCUUGGCGGUUGAUCACUUGGCUUAGAGUUAGAGGAGAUCCAAUAUAGAGGAUUCUGAAUGGCUCGUUCAUAUGGUAAGUUGCGUCUAUGACUAUGAUCGAUGACCCACACCAUAAAAGUUUUCUUUGAAUUUGUGAUACGACCUUCCUCCUCUCAAAGCUCUUGACGGAUCUUUGCCCGACCUCUGUCAAAAAUGGAUGAAGAUGCUUUAAUGGUACCUACUCAUUUGUCCUAUUAUAACCUCGCACUGCAGGCUGAAAUAAGCUAGUAAAUAAAUGGUUAAUGUAUUAUGUUAUGUUUAGAGUAGGGGAUCCGAUCCGAGCUUUACCAUAGUUCAUGCUCGACUCGUUAAAAUAUUUUCAAACUCGAGCUUGGCUCGCCAAUAAGGUUAACGAGUUCAAUAUCGAGUCCAGCUUAUAAAAUGUUCGUGAUUGCUCAAGAUUGAGCUAGAACUGAGUACAAUAUUACAUUCAAACCUGUAGCAAAGUCUAGCAAACUAAAACACAAUAUUUAUCCCAAUUUCAAUAUAUAAAGUCCAUGAAUUCCAAUUCGUUCUUAUGUCAAGCCAUUAAAUGAGCUUGUUCUUUCGAGCUGAACAUGAUAUGACUCGAGUUCGGCUCGUUUAGUUAACAAGUUUGUUCACAAGCCAGCUCGAUUAAGAUGAAUCGAGUAUCUAACGAGUUUUUGUCGUAUCGAAUACCGAGUCGUUAAUGAGCCACUUGGUUCAUUAACAACCCUGGUUCAGAGUACAUAAUAUAGAUCCAUGGAUCAAAGUCAUGGAAUCCAAGCACCAAGAAUGAACCAUCAAGAGUAGGCCAAUCUAUCUAUCUAUCUUCUAUCUAUCUAAUAUAUGGAGAUUCUGCGGAGAGAGUGAAUUAAAAUAAAUAUUGGGAGCCUGACCGCAACUCACGGAAGGACAUAUGUGUCUUUUCCAUUAUAUAUUAUCUCAUCGAGUGAGUUUAUAGAGUUGCAUAAUUAUGUAUUUGGUUGGCCAUCCAUUUAUUAGCUUCAUUCCAAAGACUAUCCGAUCAACGCUAGAUUAAUUUCUCUUUCUUUUUUUAGGUAACGAUAAAAAAUAUAUGAGAUCAUACUACCUUAGAUUUAGGUUUGUGAUGUAUAGUUUUCUUUUACUAUAGCGGCAAAUCGACAACUCCCUUUGCUUUAUUUUUUUUAUAAAUUCGCUUGGUUUUUAUAAAUAUUAGUGAGAGAGUUAUAUUAUUACCACUGCCACAAUUCUCAAGAGCUAUAUAUAAGAGAUUUUCAAUUUCUCGCAAAUUUAGCGAACUAUAUCUCAUUCAUUUUCACUAUAAGUUUAAAUGGGUAAGAAAAACCAUAUUAAUUGAAACUUUUCAAAGAAAAGUCAAAGAAAACUAUGACAGAAUAUAUUUAUAAGAAUUUACAACAACAUCAAUGACAAUAGCAGUUAGGUAACAAUCUACCUCUACUUUUUUUUGUUUUUAACUUCAAGUCCCAAAAUUUUGAGGUUGCAUUGCACCCAUCACCUAUGCAUAUAUGAAUCCAGGCAAACAGGGGUAUGGCGAUAGAGGGAUCUCUAGCUUCAUCAAAUGUCUUGAUUUUUCUCUAACAUGCAGUAGUUAAAGAAAAAUUCCUACAAUAAAAAUUCCAAAAAACACAAGUUUGGAUUAGAUCGGCGCCCAUGUCAUGUCAGCGAUUGAUGAACAUGAUCACGGAUAGAAAAGCAGUCAACCACUUCAUUACUCAAAUCUUAGCGUUUUGCAGUUAAAUAUUGAACUUCAUAGCGAUGAACGUUGUUCGCAUUCGUGCAGAUGAGACAAUGUGGAUCACUCCAAUGAACGACGCUUGGCGGUUGAUCACUUGGCUUAGAGUUAGAGGAGAUCCAAUAUAGAGGAUUCUGAAUGGCUCGUUCAUAUGGUAAGUUGCGUCUAUGACUAUGAUCGAUGACCCACACCAUAAAAGUUUUCUUUGAAUUUGUGAUACGACCUUCCUCCUCUCAAAGCUCUUGACGGAUCUUUGCCCGACCUCUGUCAAAAAUGGAUGAAGAUGCUUUAAUGGUACCUACUCAUUUGUCCUAUUAUAACCUCGCACUGCAGGCUGAAAUAAGCUAGUAAAUAAAUGGUUAAUGUAUUAUGUUAUGUUUAGAGUAGGGGAUCCGAUCCGAGCUUUACCAUAGUUCAUGCUCGACUCGUUAAAAUAUUUUCAAACUCGAGCUUGGCUCGCCAAUAAGGUUAACGAGUUCAAUAUCGAGUCCAGCUUAUAAAAUGUUCGUGAUUGCUCAAGAUUGAGCUAGAACUGAGUACAAUAUUACAUUCAAACCUGUAGCAAAGUCUAGCAAACUAAAACACAAUAUUUAUCCCAAUUUCAAUAUAUAAAGUCCAUGAAUUCCAAUUCGUUCUUAUGUCAAGCCAUUAAAUGAGCUUGUUCUUUCGAGCUGAACAUGAUAUGACUCGAGUUCGGCUCGUUUAGUUAACAAGUUUGUUCACAAGCCAGCUCGAUUAAGAUGAAUCGAGUAUCUAACGAGUUUUUGUCGUAUCGAAUACCGAGUCGUUAAUGAGCCACUUGGUUCAUUAACAACCCUGGUUCAGAGUACAUAAUAUAGAUCCAUGGAUCAAAGUCAUGGAAUCCAAGCACCAAGAAUGAACCAUCAAGAGUAGGCCAAUCUAUCUAUCUAUCUUCUAUCUAUCUAAUAUAUGGAGAUUCUGCGGAGAGAGUGAAUUAAAAUAAAUAUUGGGAGCCUGACCGCAACUCACGGAAGGACAUAUGUGUCUUUUCCAUUAUAUAUUAUCUCAUCGAGUGAGUUUAUAGAGUUGCAUAAUUAUGUAUUUGGUUGGCCAUCCAUUUAUUAGCUUCAUUCCAAAGACUAUCCGAUCAACGCUAGAUUAAUUUCUCUUUCUUUUUUUAGGUAACGAUAAAAAAUAUAUGAGAUCAUACUACCUUAGAUUUAGGUUUGUGAUGUAUAGUUUUCUUUUACUAUAGCGGCAAAUCGACAACUCCCUUUGCUUUAUUUUUUUUAUAAAUUCGCUUGGUUUUUAUAAAUAUUAGUGAGAGAGUUAUAUUAUUACCACUGCCACAAUUCUCAAGAGCUAUAUAUAAGAGAUUUUCAAUUUCUCGCAAAUUUAGCGAACUAUAUCUCAUUCAUUUUCACUAUAAGUUUAAAUGGGUAAGAAAAACCAUAUUAAUUGAAACUUUUCAAAGAAAAGUCAAAGAAAACUAUGACAGAAUAUAUUUAUAAGAAUUUA